AAAGACUAAGACCUGGGAACUUAUCCAUUGCUGAUGAGCCCAGAGGCCAUCUGCCAAGGAGCACUGAUGAAAAUGGCAAGUUCCCUACACUUCCCUCUGCUCGACCUCCUUGUCUGCCUCAUCUUGGUCCAGCUGCUUAACCCUUGCUCAGCUCAGUUUUCUGUGAUUGGACCCCCUGGUCCCAUCCUUGCCCUCGUGGGUGAAUAUGCUGAUCUGCCCUGUCAUCUGUCCCCAAAGAUGAGUGCUGAGACCAUGGAUCUGAUGUGGGUGAGAUCCAGCCUUACGCAGGUAUUAUACAAGUAUGUAAAUGGGCAGGAAGUAGAAGACCAACAGAUGACAGAGUAUCAAGGGAGAACUUCGAUUUUAAGAGAUGACAUCACUGAAGGAAAGGCUACUCUCCAAAUUUACGACAUCAGAGCCUCUGACAGUGGAAACUACCUGUGGUAUUUCCAAUCUGGCAACUUCUAUGAAGAAGCCCUGGUGGAGCUGAAGGUUGCAGACCCCUUCCGGAGGGCCUGGCCCUGGAUCGCAGCCUUCACGGGGACCCUACUCAUCUUCCUGCUGAUUUAUGCAGGGAUAGGUUACUUCCUGUGGUGACAGCAGAAGGAUAAAGAGAGAGAGCAAGCAAAAAAGGAUCUGGAAGAAAUGGCAAGAGGUAUCAGACCAAGGAAGAAAACCAAGGCGCUGGGUUAGGGGAGGGUGCCCCUGAGAACUUCAACCCCUCCCCAUCAGGUACACCUACCCCUGCACUGGGUUAUUUGUAAGGUAUAUUUUCUAGAGGUUCUCCCUGCUCCAUCU